AUGAUGGAAUCGAUGGAUUUUCACAAAAUAAUGGCGUUCGUCUAUUUGCCGACAAUACUCAUCGGCCUUAUGGGCAAUUUGCUCUCACUUUACGCCUACAGCCGACCGAAUCGCAAGUCUAUGGUGGGUUUUGUGCGGGGUCGAUGCACCAUGUGGAUCGUUUGCAGGUCGGUUUCCUGCUCUACUCGCUCUCCAUCUCCGACAUUUUCCUGUUGGUGUUCGCACUUCCGCUCUUCAGCAUCAUGUAUCUGCCCGUUUGGUAGGCUCUUGUUGUCAAAUUAGAAAAAGGCGGCAUUUGCUCAUUUGCACACAGAAUGAGCAAAAGCACGAGUUUCAGGUCGGACGAGGAGAAGGGUUUCGUCGUCGCCUACACGGCCAAGUACGUGUACCCGUUGUGUAUGAUGGCCAAGACGUGCAGUCUCUACAUUAUGGUCCUCAUCACGAUCGAGCGAUGGAUUGCGGUUUGUCGGCCGCUGGAGGUACUGUAGCAGGUCGUGGCCUAGCUUUCCGGAAACGUGCAAUUUCAGGUCCAGAUCUGGUGCCGCUACACGACCUCCUCCUACUCGAUCGCCGCAAUCAUCGUGUUCGCAGUCGUGCUCAACUUUGCGCGCUUCUUCGAAUUCAAAAUCGAGUACGUCGACGAGGGCCAUUUGCUGUUCAGACGAGAGCUGUUGGAUCCGGAGAAGCACUGGUGGUACUUUAUGUUCUACUUUAUAAUACUGUCGAUCAUCUUCGACUACACACUUCCGUUCGUCGUCAUGUUCGUCGCGAACAUGCGCAUCAUCGGCGAAUUGCGACGGACGAAAAAAGAGCGGAGUCUGAUGACGAUUCAGCAGCAAAAAGAGCAAAAUACGACUGUAAUGCUUCUGGUCGUCACGAUUUUCUUCGGAUUCUGUCACUUCUUCUCGAUGGCUCUCAAGAUUGCCGAAAGUUUCGCCGGCGGGUUUUUGACGAUUCAGGUGCGUGAUUUGGGCGUCGAUUUGCGCUCACACACUCAAACUUUCAGAAUAUUUACCUGGAAAUGUUGGGCGAGAUCUUCAACUAUUUGAUCAUUUUGCACACCGCCUCCACAUUCUUCAUCUACUACAUUUUCUCGGAAAAGUUCCGACAGAUCAUUCAGGCGCUUUGGAAGUGCGUUUAUUUUUCUGCACUUCACCCCCGCCGCUUCAUGCCCCAUGUUUUCAGCCGAAAACGUCUGACACGUCACGGAAGCAGCACGAAGAUCAUGUACCACACGGACGCGACGACGACGAUUCUUCAGAAGACGACGCGCUACUCGCGAAUCGCAUCCGGAUAA